AUGGAAAAACGCGGCGCUUCAAGCGGUUUCGCCACUGCCAGUGGAAGUGCCGCCGGAGCGACAUCAUCGUUGCUGCUGGUUUUGUUCGCCGCGGUGCUUCUGGGAGCACCCUCUCAGACUGAAGCACCUCGGCAUCCUGACGAGGACGCACCGCAUGGCCCCCUGACACAACCCCGCGGAUGCUACAAGAAAUGCAACAAUCUUAAAUUGGGGUACUAUAUUCGACCUGACAAGGCGGACAAAGACACAAGAGCGUCGGGACCGCAAUUCAUUCUCGGGAACUACAACUAUGAGCGCUACGUUCUCGACCCUGCGGUCGCGGAUGUCGUUGCUUCCGCGAAGACAUCCUGGGUAAACAUAUAUCCCAACGUUGCUACCACUAGUGGCCAAUGCACGAUGCUGGGCUCAUUGGCAGGCAUCACCGUGAGGAACUGGGACGUACAGAUCCUACCAACGUUCCUGGGUGGAGAGUGCAACCCCCUUGCCAACACGAAUGACGACCCGCAUUUUCGGGGGGCAGAUGGCACCCGCUACGACUUCAACGGCCUUCUUGAUCGCUCCUUCUGCUUGCUUUCCGACCGUCGGAUCCACAUCAACAUGGGAAUCAAGGGCUACCAGCCAAUCGCGAAUCUUCCCGGCACGGCGACAUCAUUGGACGAAGAGUCGCUUGCUGCAGCGCUGGAAGCGGCGGCCAAAGAGAAGAAGCCACGUCAUAUCAGGCAGCUGGAGCAGGAGAGGCUGAGUGUGGCGGAACUGGGUGAGCUGGAGAGAAUGCGGGCCAAUGGGAGCCUGCCGUUGACUGCUGAGGUGGUGGCAGCACUUGAGCGGGAGAUGGGUCGUCGCAGCGGGAGCGGAGGGGAAGAGGGGCAUUACUCGGUUCAGUAUGCGAAGCAUAAGCUGAAAGCGAAGCUUCUCAAAGGAAAGACAAUUCGCAGCUGGAUCAGAGAGCUCCAAGUGAUGUGGCGCGACUCAACUGGCACACAGCAUUCGGCGUUCUUCAAGGCGCGAGACGGCAAGGAGCAAGGGAGGGGCAGCAGCGGGUUCAUCGACCGACUGGAGCUUGACGGCUCGCCGGUGGCCCCGCCUCUGUCCGCCGGCUCUUCCAUCACCGGCAGCGGCGGGUUCAAGCUGCUUUUGGCGGAAACGCGGAGCUGCAAGGGGAAGGACCAAGACGAUUUUAUUCUCACGAUCGACAGCCUGGUGGACAUGGGCAUCACGGCACGUUUGGCGCACCCACUCAUGCAAACGGCUACGGAGGCCCAGGCGCAUUUCAAUGUGCACAUCGCCCAGCUCAAUCACACGAGUGGCAUUCACGGUGUGCUGGGUCAGACCUUCACCCAUCUCCCCCCUUGCUGUCGUCCCCUCUUUCCCUCCCUUGAGCAGCACACAAGUGGCAUUCACGGCGUGCUGGGUCAGACCUUCACCCAUCUCCCCCCUUGCUGUCGUCCCCUCUUUCCCUCCAUUGAGCAGCACACGAAUGGCAUUCAUGGUGUGCUGGGUCAGACCUUCCGAGCGGAGGAGUCCCGCAUGGUGCGCUCGCUGCGGUACCGCCUGCUGACCCGCCUGCUGCGCGAGCCGGUGGAGGUGGAGAGCGAGAGUGGCAGGGGAUUCCUGGAUGGGCGCACGGAGGACUAUAUCACCUCGGAUAUUCGCUCCGCGGACUGCAUGUACGCCGCUGCAUGGCGCAGGGGAGAACACGAGAAUAGCGAUGGAAGUGAUUUUAUGUGA